AUGAGACUCGCUUCAGCAUUCGAAAACCGGCGGCGAAAGGCCUCGCGGUCUCCUCCUCGUGGGCGAAGUAAACAUCGACAGGAGAAAUCACCAGACACGAAAGAAGUAGUCGUUGUCAAGCGCAUAGCCAUCACCUUCAGUCAGCAGGAGGAAGCAAGAUGGAGGAGUGAGAUGGAAUAUAUACGGAAGAGUUCCAAGGCAAUGAACUGCUUCCCCUACACCUUUGGCUAUUCCGGCGCUCGAGAAUCCGACAGCGGAACUCACAUUGAAAUCGUGCGACCGUCUCUUCCCGGCAAUAUCUACCGCGUCAAGGCGUCCGGCCUCUUUCCCCUAAGCGAGGUCGUCGACGCAACAUGCCGGUGCAUGCUCAAAGCGCUACAGCACCUGGCGGCCAACGGCAUCGUACAUCGCGACGUGCGCCCCGGCAAUAUUUUCUACUCCGAGGACCGCAACGGUAAUCUCACGUUGAAGCUGGCCAAUUUUGGUCUGCGCAUCGACGCCGAGCACCCGGCCUUAAGCCUCCGGAUGGAUCCGUACCGGGCACCCGAGGCGCAGGCCCGCGAGACGCGGAUCCAUGCCUCGGACAUGUGGUCGCUCUUUGCCACGCUGGCGGAACUUGCGGAUCAGUACCGUCCGGGAUCGAAUCGUACGUAUCACGAGGCGUGGAGUCGUCUCUAUGCGAUUGCGACGGCCAAGCCGGCUCGUGGGACGCUCGAUCUACGCGGGAUGAAGGAGGUCGUGAUUUGGGAAGCCGAUUGCCGAGCCACAGCCUCGCAGAUGCUGGCAAAGUUCUAUGAGACUCCUAGUUCUACUAGUAGGAGUGGCGGCGGCUCCGACUUUAUGAGCUGGGACGCCUGGAUCGCGCGGGUCGGAGGAGAGGCAGUCGCAAAGGGAUUGUACGAUGGAACCACGGACUCGAGAUCACUGGCGGUACUGCGCAAUCCAGUUGUCAAUACAAGUAGCGCCAAGCCAGAAAAGCGAAAAGAAAAGCCCAAGUCUAAUACGACAUCAGAAAAAGCCAAGAUCUCGGUCGCGCUCCCAGAUGGGUGGCUCGACAUUUUGAGCGAUGACGACGCGGCAGGGACAAUCGGGGCAGACAUGAGAAAGGCGAUUCGCGGCGAGAUCAAGAGAGCAAUCGAAGAGGAGAUGAGGCAGUGUGAUGAGCCACAGCUUCGCAAGGCGCUGGAGCUCGAGCUGAAGGAACUCCUGUCGCCGACGGGGCUCGGAACCACGCGAGACGACGCGAUUGCGACCUUGAAGACAAAGUUGGAAAAUGCACGAGAGGAUCGCAAACAAAUGGAGCAUCAGCUCACGGAAGCCAGAGCUGUUCUAGAAAAGCAAGACAAGGAGGUCAAGAAACUGAUGGCGGAUAUGCGCGAGGAACGAGAUGCACGCGCCACUGAGGCAACGCUGAAAGAUACUGGACACGAACAAGAUGCAGUCGCCAAGGCAGAGGCCAAAGCUCGCGAAUUGAACAAAGUCAAAGCUGCAUUAGAGGCAGAGCUUCAGGAAGCUAUCAAGGACAAAAAGGAUUGUGAAGCCACCUUGAGAGAACUACUCGAAGCCAGAGACGCCAGCUUCGCGCAAGUCAAAGAGGCCAUUGAUGCCAAAGAGGCCGCCGAGUCACGAGUAGAUGCCAUGCUGCAGGAGAAAGCGGCUGCCGAAACACGGGAAAAGAAUGCCAUUGAAGCAAAGUCAGUCAUGAAGGCAGAGCUGGAUCAAGCACUCGUGUCUCGUGAUGAACUACGGGCCCAAGUCCAGCAAUUCGAAGAAGCGCUACAAUCCCGGGAUGUCAUGAUUUCUCGUUUGCAGAACGUCUCGGACAUGCCUUCCGACACCGUGGAGCUCAAAAAGUUUCAAGACGUGUCGAGUCAACUUCGCGAGGCACUCGAGAACAGAGACGCGAGCGAGACCCAGAUGAAGGAAGCCAUUGAAGCGAGAGCAACCCUCAAGGCCCAACUCCGGGAGGCGCUCGAAUCUCGCGACCUGCUCAAGACGCAACUCCAGUUACUCGAGGAGGAGCGCGACCACGCAAAUAGGGCCCUUUUCCAGUCCAAUGACCAGCAAGACGGCGGCGUCCUGCCCAGUAUUGAAGACAAUAUCGACGCGCAGAUCAAGGCGGCCAUGGAGGAAAAGGAGUCGGUCGAGGCCGAGCUGAAGCAGGUGGCCAUGGACCGCCUCGCCACCGAGGCCAAGCUCAAGGACGCCGUGGGCGCCCGCCGGUCCGCCGAGGAGCAGAUCCGCAAGGCCAGCGUGGUGCGCGAAGACGUCGAGGCGGCGCUGCAGCGCCUCAGGCGCGAGAGGGACAGCUUAAAGGCACAAGUGGUCAGGAACGCGGCGGGUGCGGCGCGAGAUGAGCAUGGGGAAGUCUCGGGUGAAGGCGACGAAGACACGCCAGUCAUCACGUAUCACAUGAAUCCCUUGGUCGAGGAGAAACAUCGCCACUUCUUGGGACUCGAAGGAGACUCGCUGAUGGAGCGACGGCGGGACGAGCUUGCUAGUAAUGACAACGACGGCGUCACGACCAAGAGACGCAAGAUCAUCACCGAGUUUGGCAGUCCAUCAAUCACCGUCAUGGGGCGUCAUUCUAGCGAGUUCAUGACUGGGGUUUCUGGAGAUAGGCGCAUACGGAUCUUAUGUUAG